AUGAGUGAUUCGUAUGUCCAGCUGAAAAACCUGCUGGAUGACGUCGAGAAGAGUGUGAACUCCUUGGAGUACCACAACCUAAAGAUGGACAGACUUUCGGAGGCCAUCAUCACCAACUUGACCGCUUCGAAGCUUGACAUGGCGACACGGAAGAUCUGGGAAUCCAGUGUUGCGCGUGGUGCUCUCCCCGAGUACAAAAAGAUGAUGAAGGUAUUGCGGAACCAGCAGGCAGUGCUGGAGCGCUGCGAAAGGGCGAAGCCUACCCAGAAGACCAAAGUGACGAACUCGAACCCCCGCACAUCGACGCCACCUACGAAGGCCCACACGGCGACUGUUGGAAAGCACGAAAGCUGUGCGAUGUGCAACGCUGAACACCUGCUGGAGAAGUGCGAAGCAUUUCUGAAGCUGAACGUGAACGCGCGGUACGGCAAGGCGAAGCAAUUUGGACUCUGCUUCCGUUGUUUGAAACGGGGCCACCGCACGGCAGACUGCAAGCAGAAGGACAAGUGCUCGGAGUGCUCGCGAGCACACCACACGCUGAUGCACCCCGACAGCAAGAAAGAACCCGAGAAGCAACCACCGGAAACUUCGGCUGCCGGAACGAACGCUAGCAGCGCCACUGUUAGCAAGGAUGGAUCGACCUCGACGAACUGCCCCCUCUACUGCAACACCAACGAAACACCAAAGCAAGUUCUGUUGGCAACCGCGGUUGUCAACGUCGUCGAUGCAUGUGGAGUACAGCAUAAGUGCCGAGCCCUACUGGACUCGGGCGCGAUGGCCAACUUCAUGUCGCAGAGCUUCGCGGACCUGCUGAACCUGAAGAAGAUGCCGGCCAAUGUCCCGGUCGUUGGCGUGAACGGAAUGGAGACAGUAGUGAAGUUCAAGGUUGAGGCCAAGGUCGAGUCCCGCACCACGGCGUACAACUUCUGCCUCAACUAUCUGGUGAUGCCGAAGGUGACUGGACCGCUGCCCGUGGACAAGGUCGAAGUGGAGCGGUGGCCGAUUCCGAAGGAUUUGGCGCUGGCAGACGAAAGAUUCUAUGAACCCGGCCGAAUUGAUUUGCUCAUCGGAGCAGAAGUGUUCUUCGAGUUGCUGCAGAGCGGCAAAAUGAUGAUGUCUGCGGAACUACCCAUUCUGCAGGAGAGCGUCCUAGGAUGGCUGGUAUCGGGACGUGUAGCUGAAACAGGAACGACGGGCACGGUGCGAGUCUGCCACGCGCUGGCCAAGCAGACACCCGAAGCACAACUGGCUGGUUUGCUGCGGCAAUUCUGGUCGGUCGACGAGCAAGAAUUUCCUGCAACGACCUCGGAGACGAGCAGUGACUGUGAGAAGCAUUUCCUGGAGACUCACAGCCGGAACGAGUCCGGACGCUACGUUGUGCGGUUGCCAUUCCGUAGCAACGUGGGCGAGCUGGGACUGUCGAGAGAACAAGCCGAGAAACGAUUCUACGCACUGGAACGUCGAUUGGACAAGAACGCAAACCUGAAGCAGCAGUACAAGAUGUUCAUCGACGAGUACAUCUCGCUCGGCCACGCCCGAGUGAUCGACGACGCCAAGGCGGACGCAAACUAUCUACCCCACCACUGCGUACUGAAGCCCGACAGUGCUACCACGAAGCUCAGGGUAGUGUCCGAUGCGUCGGCCAAGAGCUCCACCGGUUUGUCGCUGAACGACGUGAUGAUGACUGGCCCAACAGUGCAGCGCACCCUCUUCGAUAUUGUGCUGCGAUUCCGGUGCCACAAAUAUGUCUUCACCGCCGAUGUGCCAAAAAUGUAUCGGCAGGUGGAGGUGCACGAAAAAGAUCGGAAGUACCAGCAGAUUCUCUGGAGAGAUGAUCACCAGCAGCCAUUAAGGACGAUAGAGCUUUCAACGGUCACCUACGGCACGGCUGCGGCCCCCUUUUUGGCGACACGAGCGUUGAAUCAGUUGGCGCUGGACGAACGGCAUGACUUUCCCGAAGCAAGCACAUCCGUACUGAACAACUUCUACGUGGAUGACGUGCUUGCCGGAGCAGAUGACCUAUGCCAAGCAAAGCAGCUCCAGCAGGACAUGAUCGAGAUGCUGGCAAGAGGCGGGUUCCAGCUGCACAAGUGGUGCGCCAACCAUGCAGCGCUGCUGGAGGAGAUUCCGGUUGAAAACCGGGCCAAGACGCUGAACUUCGAGAAGAACGACGAGGGCGAGGUUGUCAAAACGCUCGGCCUACUUUGGGACCCGGUGAGUGACGUGUUUAAGUUCAGCGUGAAGCCGUUCAAGAAAUCGACGGAACGUCCGACGAAGCGGCAGAUCAUGUCCGACAUUGCCCGUUUGUUCGAUCCGCUCGGGUACCUCGGACCAGCUGUGAUGAUCGCCAAACUUGUGAUGCAGCAGCUCUGGAAGGAGAAGUUCCACUGGGACGACCCAGUACCGGAGGAUGUGGCAAAGAUGUGGGAGAGAUUCCGGUCUGAGCUGUGCGAGAUAAGCGAGUUGAAGAUUCCACGCGCCGUAGCUGCAGCAGUAGACGUGACGAGCUAUGAACUCCACGGCUUCGCAGACGCGUCGAUGAAGGGGUACGGCUGCUCUGUGUACUUGCGGAGUCUGAAACGAGACGGUACUGCGGAGAUGAUGCUGUUGUGUGCGAAGUCGAGGGUCGCACCGUUGAAGGAACUGAACCGCCAACCGAAGGACGACGCUGAGCUGGAAGAUUUGACCAUUCCCCGACUGGAGCUCUGCGCGUCGAAGCUGAUGGUCGAGCAAGUGGUCAAGGUUCUCGACGCCGUUGAACUGGACAUCAGCCGCGUUGUGCUCUGGACGGACUCGCAGAUUGUUCUGGACUGGUUGAAGCGCUUGAAACCUGACACUUCGGUGUUCGUGCGCAACCGGGUUGCUGCGAUUCUGAAACUGAGCAAAAGUUUGAAUGGAGGCACAUACCAACCGCACUGA